CUGAAAAUGAAAGGCGCGGCCCUGCAUUACGAGAGUGUCAUUGCACUAUUGAAAGCAUGCAGAGUGGAUGUGGGAGACAUCGGCCAUUCAAGGAACAACUUUCCUGAAAUUCUUCGUGCGGCGACUGUGGUGAUUUGUCAAAGAAACAAUCAGAUGUUGCUGCAGCCACUACUCAGCACGGGACUACCACCCCAUUUCUACAUUACAGCCAACAAGUCCACUGUCAACAGACACACCAAUCAAGCAAUCCUCUUGAUUGUUAAUUUCAACGGCAAAAGGAUCGCAGUACCUGUGGGCGCACCUCCUGUAUAUUCCGUUGAUGUCAACAGUGUUGAUGACACAAGUCAGGUUCAGCUCAUCGGAGGAAGUGCAGUAGAGCUUGCUGAUAGCAUAAUUAAUACGAUUCUGGAAAAAACUGGGCUCCCUGACCAUCACUUGACGCGAUUAACAGGUGCAACGUGUGACGGACAAUACGUUGUCUUGUCGGGAUUUGCUGCACGACUUGCUGAGCGUGUUGGGGUCUCAUCGGAACGUGCCUUUGCUGUCCCUGUCACGUGGGAUGCUGGCCACUGGAUGAACUUAGUGGUCACAGAUGUGCGCUCUGUUAAACAGCAAACCUUCAAAGGAUCGGCCCAAUUAUUGAACACCUUUAUCAAGCGUUGUAAUGUAUUUAAUGACGAGUUACAGCAUGGCAAAGGGUACGCCAUGCUGAGAGCUAUUUCUGAAUCUAACAAAUCUACUGCUCAUGCUCCCAAAUCUUAUGCACAACAUAGAUUUAUGAGCUCGAACUACCAGCAGUGGCUGAGUAUCGAAAAAAGCCUGCCAACAUUGGUGGCAGGCUUUCAUAUGAUGAAUCCACGCAGCAAAGACGAUCCCAACGAAGAGCUCAAAUUCAUGAUACAGGGGCAAGACUUUGUGUAUGAUCUGCUCUUUCUACUGGAUUUUCUGGGGCCACUCGUACAAGUGAUGAACGCCCUGCAGAACUUCACCGUACCUAUCUGGAAGCAGGUAAAAUUUAGUAAUUCACUCAUCGAGCACUGGAAAUCCAUCUCAGUGGAAACACUGGCCGGGCUUCCUCGUCUUUCCCAGCACGAGACGGAACUUCAAGAUUUGAAGUAUAAAGAAAUGGAUCUUCUCCCCGGUUACCUCGUGGUGCACCAGGAGAAGGGAAAAAUUGCAUGGGAAGCUCGUGAGCUCAAGGAAUGUCGUGCAUCAGCCGAAAAAUUUCGAAAAGAUCUUUUGCACAGUCUCAAUGAACCCUCCAGUAGUUGCAUUCAUGAAGCGUGCACUACUCUUGAAAAAUGCCUAGAUCUUCAUUCAAUUUAUACAGUAAUGUGCGGUGAGAGAAGCGAGACAAAAUGUCCAUACGACAAAGUUAAGCUCCACUUACAUGGCAUUUCUUCAUUCAAAAAGUUUGUCAACUACGUCAGCAAUCUUCCCCAUGUGAGGGAAUCAGGCUUUCUGAAUAUUAACUCAGUCCUGAGUAAUUCGCUUUUUGAUAAACUUAAAGAAUUUCUGGUGUCCACAAUAUGGGGAGAAUUGUUGCACGUUGUCGGAACUGAAAUCUUUCAUCAACUUUCUGGUGAGCCAAUGAGCAAGUUGGGCAAUGACUCCACAGUUGAAAAACUAACGGAAGAAACGAAUGCUAGCUUUCAACUUCAGAAAAAUUUUGUAGUGAAAAUUUCGAAUAAGGACGAGCCUCUGACUGUAGCAUUAAAUGAGGGCGUGUUUU